UUGACCCGGCAUCUCAUUCAAAUUCAUUAAGGGUGCAGGUAAAAUAGAUCACAGGUAGAAAACGGCCGAAUAGAAUUAAAGUCUCGUUAUAUGCCACAUGCCGGAAAACCCAAGUGGGUGAUUAGAAAGAAAGGCCGGAAUUUUCGCAAGCUGCACCCUCGAGUUUUCCGCGUAUAAAGAGGGGCUUCCACUUCCAUCCGGGACCAUUCCUUUACCAAAACCAAGAGCGAAAUGGUGCAUCUAGCGACUGAAAAGAAGACCCAGGAGGUGGCGUCCAAGGCACCGAGGCAGCUCCAGCUGGGCGGUCACGUGGGGUUCGACACCCUGCCGGACCAACUGGUCAACAAGAGCGUCCAGAACGGUUUCAGCUUCAAUAUCCUGUGCAUCGGCGAGACGGCUCUCGGCAAAUCGACGCUCAUGGACACGCUGUUCAACACCAGCUUUGGGUCCACGCCCAGUCCGCACAACCUGCCCAAUGUGAAGCUAAAGGCAAACACCUACGAGCUGCAGGAGAGCAGCGUCCGCCUGAAGCUCACCGUCUGCGACACGAUCGGCUACGGGGAUCAGGUGAACAAGGGCGAUAGCUACAAGGCGCUGGUGGAGUACGUGGACAGCCAGUUCGAGGCGUACCUGCAGGAGGAGCUCAAGAUCCAGCGCACCAUGGCCAGUGCGCACGAUGGUCGCGUGCACGCCUGUCUGUACUUCAUCUGCCCCACUGGCCACGGGCUGAAGGCCAUGGAUUUGGUGUGCAUGAAGCAGCUGGACACCCGGGUGAACAUCAUACCCGUGAUCGCCAAGGCGGACACCAUCUCCAAGUCGGAGCUGGCUGGCUUCAAGGAGCGCAUAAUGGACGAACUGCGCCGGAACAAAGUGAGCAUCUACGAGUUUCCCACGGACGAUGAAACGGUGGCCGAGACCAACGCCUCCAUGAAUGGCCAGCUGCCCUUUGCCGUUGUCGGCAGCACGGAGUUCGUAAAGGUGGCCGGAAAGCAGGUCCGUGCCCGCCAAUAUCCCUGGGGUUCGGUGCACAUAGAGAACGAGGCGCACUGUGACUUUGUAAAGCUGCGCGAGAUGCUCAUACGCACGAAUAUGGAGGAUCUGCGUGAGCUGACCCAUACACGCCACUACGAGCUCUUCCGGCAGCGGCGCCUGCAGCAGAUGGGCUUUGUGGACGUGGACAGCAACAACCAGCCGGUGUCCUUCCAGCAGACCUUCGAGACCAAACGAUCCGACCAUCUGGCCUGCCUGCAGGCCAAGGAGGAGGAGGUGCGCCAGAUGUUCGUGCAGCGGGUCAAGCAGAAGGAAAACGAACUGAAGGACAGCGAGAAGGAUCUGCACAUGAAGUUCGAGCGGUUGAAGCGGGAGCACCUCGAGGAGAAGACCCAACUGGAGGAAGCGCGUCGCCAGCUGGAGGAGGAAUGCCAGGAGCUGCAGCGUCGCAGGCUGCAGCUGGCCAAUGGUACGCACACACUCACCUUGGGCAGGGGCAAGAAGAAGUAGUGCCUUUGUCUCGAAUUUUAAACGAUUUCCAUGUUUAUUAAACUUACGAUCGAUCGAUUUUAAAAACAUUUAGAGGUAAGGAAUCUAAA